AUGAUGGUGGACGCGCGCCAGCAGACGAGGCGGUGGGACGACGACCAGAAACACCACAGCCAUGUCAACGACAAGAUACGUCUCUGUUACAUGACCUUCUACAUCUACCGCUCCGCAUUGUGGGAUUUGAAACGGUACUGGCACAUCCGAUACCUGUACGUGGAUAACCUGGACUUCGAGGUGGGCUACCUGAUGCACGAGACCAUACGGCGGUACCAGGUGGUGCUGGAGCUGUACCAGAUGGUGGAACGGAGAUACAUGCCAUUCCAAGAUCAACAUUACAUCCAAGCGCCGGUGAUGCUAUACAUCUACAUCAACAUCCUGGAGCAAUGCAAGGAAAUCGUUCAUCUGAUCAACAUGCUUCAUGAGAUAGAGUUGAAGUAUAGGGACAAGGAUCCUGGCGUCUUCGCCGAUUACAAUGAGAGUCGAGUUCAGUAUAAGAAAUUCAGCAAGGCGGUGAGCAACAAGAUAUUGAGCGAGCACACUGCCUGGCAGAAAUGGGUACAAGAGAAGAAUGAGAGGAAGAAGAAGCAGAAGAAACUCUGGGAGAAGCAUAGACGGAAUUCCACAGGGAUAAACUACAAGACCACGCCAAUGCGUUGGCAGUAA